UUUAUUGGAUUUAUUUAAUAGUUUUUAUACAUAUUUAUCAUUUCUGCGUUUUAUAUUUUUCUGUACGUCUAUACACCAGAAGGAAACGAGAUGUUCACAACGAGAGCUUCGCAUGGACGUGGAGAAGGGGCCGGUUUUAACUCUGCUUCUGUGGUUUACUGAAACUCGGAGCCGGUUCCCUGAGUCCGGUCCUGGAGGCGAGGCGAGACUGCUGAUUGAGUUAAAGGAGGAACGCAGGGCUGUCAAACGAGUCGGCGUUGAUACUGGCGCUGUCAUCGGGGCGCGCGUUCUGAUCUCUCUAUCAAACGGCUCUCGAUAGCUGGCUGGGGUCAAAGACGAACCAAAAAGCCAGCGACGGCUUGAAUUCUCGAAACAGCUUCCAGGUCAUAGCUGGUCCCGGUGUAGCUCAUCCCCUGUGCUUGCAGGAUGUCAGAUUUGAUACUGAAUCUGGAUUUGUCGGGCGCAUCUAGGGGGCGCCCAAAGGACCCGAGCGCCAACGCCAGGCACCAGCGCUUCUUAAAAAAACGAAAAUUCCUGGAGAACAAGGGCUACCUGCGGCAGAAACAGCUGCCCGGGCCCGGGAGAGGGCAAGGGAGUUCCAAAAACCGCCAGCCUUGGCACAACGACGGCCCCCAGAGCCACGGCAGCUCAACCGGUCGCCCCCAAGCUUCUUUUCGAGGAUCCGGUUGCGCUCCGGGGGCCCAGCGCCAGCCCGCCGUUGGCGCCGCCCCUUCCCGUGCAAGACCGGGGCCCGGUCCCUCGGCCCUGAACGCAGACCUUCUGGGGGAGUUUGAGAGCGGCUUGUCCUCUCUCCCUGCUCUGUCCUCCUCCUCCACCGCAGGGAAGACUUACAAGUACCUGGCGAUGGACUGCGAGAUGGUGGGCACGGGCCCCAGGGGGACCCGCAGCGAGCUGGCCCGCUGCAGCAUCGUGGGGUACCACGGGGACGUGGUCUACGACAAGUACAUCCUGCCCACCAACCCCGUGACAGACUACCGGACCUGCUGGAGCGGCAUCCGCAAGCAGGACCUGGCCAACGCCACAGGGUUCAAAGAGGCGCAGAAAGAGAUUCUGAAGAUCCUGUCUGGGAAGGUGGUGAUCGGACACGCCAUCCACAACGAUUUCAAAGCGCUCGGUUACUUCCACCCCCCCGCCCUGACCCGGGACACGUCCCGAAUCCCGCUGCUCAACAAGAAGGCGGGGAUCCCCGCGAAAGAGGCAGUCUCCCUGAAGCGGCUCACCAAGAUGCUGUUCAGAAAAGACAUUCAGGUUGGGAAGAAUGGCCACUCUUCCGUUGAGGAUGCCAGAGCCACGAUGGAGCUUUACAAAAUAGUGGAGCCGCAGUGGGAGAGGACCCUGGCUUCGGGGUCAGAGAAACAGAGCCCCACACCCCAGCAGAGGAACGGUCUGACUGGAUCCCCCCUUCCCAUCCCUCCCUCCGCUCCCUUGACAUUAUAAAACGAAAUUCUUUUAAAAUCCGUCUGUCCAGAAGCACACACACACGCACACACCUCAUUCCUAGUUUGAGCGUGUUUACAAAUCUGUAAUGGUCUUUUUAUCGAGAAGAGCUAGGGAUUCAGACUCCCAUUCCAACAGCGGUUUAAUCCAUCCCGGGUUUUACCGCGAGUUUAAUCAGACACACACCUGAGCUUGUUUCCUAGACACACUGUGGCUAAUCAAGCUGGUAGUAAAACCUGGAGCGGGUGAAUCUGCUGUGGGAGUAGGAGUCUUAUUUCCAUUGCUAACUGACUACUGAUUAUUUGUUAACCACGGCCAUGUAAAAUAGAUAGCUGUAUCUGAAGUAUUUUUUACUGUAACGAUAAUUAUUAACAAGAGACUCUGUGUGUGAGUAUAACAUGGUAAGAGCGUUGCCCGUUUACUCUCUAACUCUCCCUGCAAGCCGUUUUGAAGUCACAGUGUCUGAUGUGUGCGUAUCCAGAACUUCAAAACACCUUUUAAAAAAUGUUUUGUUUUGUAAUCGUCCUUCUGCGUGGCCAAAAAACAAACUUCGGAUCUAAUAAUAAAAAAUGAAAAAUCUAAUCAAGAAAGAAAGUCAAUGC